AUGUCACCGACUCUCCGUUCUCUUGGACGACUGAACUCGAGCUCAAAAUCCAUACGACGACUUGCCAGACCACAGGUCUUCCGCCGGCUCUACAGCUCCGAGCCUGAUGCAAAAGUAAUCGCAUCCGAAUUCCUCACCAAGACCCAAUCGAAUCCCCCCUAUACCCAGACCCAAUUGCUAGAUGCGAACCAGCUGCAGCGGUUCUCCGCGACCUUCUCGCGCUCCGAGCUUGCCAAAGUCCUACCAAAGAAUGGCACACCUCUGCCAGCUGGCUACCAUCUAGCCUACUUCACACCCGCACAAGUGGAAGAGGAAUUGGGACGCGAUGGCACAGAUACCACGUUCAAUCCGCCGAGUCCAUAUACCAGGCGGAUGUGGGCUGGCGGGGAACUGGAAUGGGUCAAAGAGAACAAAUUGAGAGUUGGACAAGAAGUCACCGAGACCACGAGGCUGGUCUCUGCCUACGCAAAGAAGUCAAGGGUGGGAAACGAUAUGAUCAUAGUGAGCGUGGAGAAGAAGUUCCAGAAUGAGCACGGUGUGGCAUUGAUUGAUAAGAGAAAUUGGGUCUUCCGAGAAGAGAUCACAAAGCCUCAAAAUCCAGCGCGCCAGCCUGAAGUCGUACCGCUUCCAGAAGGCAAGCACGUACGAGAUUUCAAUCAGACGCCUGUCACGCUUUUCCGCUUCUCGGCCCUGACAUUCAAUGCCCACAAAAUACAUUAUUCAAAAGAAUGGUGUAGAGAAGUCGAAGGUCACCGCGGGCUUGUCGUCCAUGGUCCGCUGAACCUGAUCAACAUGCUCAAUUUCUGGCGAGAUCUUCAGGGCGGUGAUGCUACCCCCAAGAAGAUUACGUACCGGGCGACGAAUCCUCUAUAUGCGGGUGAGCCAUACAGGAUUAUCGUGGGCGAGGAAGCGAUGAAGGUUACAGAGGUAAAGAUUGUGGACAGCUACGGCCAGAUAUCGAUGCAAGGAACCAUUGAAAGCUUUUAA